UUUAGUGCAACAGAAUUUUUAUAAAUUGGCAACACUUUAGUAAGAAGUUUAAACUAAAACAAAACUAAGAAGUAACAAACUGAAAAUGCACCUGAAAAAGAAACGUUUUAUUUACGAGGAAAGAGAUAGCCCUACAACUCCUACGGACAGUGUUAGCUUUAGUUAUGGAACCAACAUGGCCGAUAAUACACGCGAAGUACGAAUAGAAGAGCAAUUAAAAGUGAAAAUUGGAGAAGCAAAAAAUUUAACCAGUCGAAAUGCGGCCAAUACAAGUUGUAGCACACAAGGUACCCGCGAUGUCUAUUGCACGAUUGCACUCGAUCAGGAAGAAAUUUGUCGAACACCCACCAUAGAACGCACACUAUCACCAUUUUUUGGUGAGGAGUAUCAAUUCAAAAUACCACGACGAUUUCGUUAUCUAUCCGUAUACGUUUGGGAUCGGGAUCGACAUAUAAAACAAGAUAAACCGAUUGGUAAAAUAGCAAUUAAGCGUGAAGAACUGCACAUAUAUAAUCAUAAGGAUCAUUGGUUCUCACUAAGACCAGUUGAUUCGGAUUCAGAAGUGCAAGGUAUGGCACACAUUGAAAUGCAAUUCGAAGAGGUACAAACACAUGUAAACGAACAACGAAUAAAUUUAAUGAGACCAGGCGAAUAUGAUCGUAACGAUAUAAUCGAAAUUGGUCAUCAUCAUCAUCAAGCACAUCAAAAUGAUUACAAAGAGAACAGCGAAUUAAGUAAUAUACAGCGCAGCACUUUAAAAGGGCGCAAUCUUUUUGGUUCACAAACAGAACAAACCAGUAAUUGGAAGAAUUCCUCAUUAAACAGUGGCAAAAAUGCAAGGAUUUCAAUACGUGUACCAGAAUGUGUAGAUCUUGCAAAGAAAAAUGGUACCUGCGAUCCAUAUGUUGUAUUCACAGCUUUCUAUACGAACAAACGACAGAUAACAAAACGUACAAAAGUGCGUAAGAAAACUGUUAAUCCAGAAUUUGAUGAAAUCAUACACUUCGAUUUAUGCAUUGAGGCAGAUACGAAUACCAAUAAAACAACAACACAUUAUGAUACUACAAACUCAAAUAAAGCUUAUACUGUCUAUCCAGUAGGCGGUGCUGAUCUCUGUGAAAUAACUGUCACACUCUGGCAUGAUGCAUCUGGCAUGGCUGAUAAAGUGUUUUUGGGUGAAGUUAAAAUUCCGCUCACAAAUAAACAACAGCAAACGUCCUCACUACAAUCCAAAUGGUAUUUUCUACAACCGCGUUCAAUUGGCGCCACUACACGUACGCUGGGUACAACACCACGUUCCUGUGCGACACCGCCUGGUACGCGACUUAGUUGUGAUAGUACUAUUGGUUCGUUGCGUCUUAAAUUACUUUAUACCGCCGAUCAUGUCUUCCCACUAGCUACCUACGAUGCUUUAAUGAAUUUGCUAUUAGAAUCCGUUGAUCAGCGGCCCAUAACAAUAUCCACCGUUUCUGUACUUGGUGAGCUGGUAUCGUGCAAAACAGAUGUAGCGCAACCGUUAGUACGAAUAUUUACACAUACUGAUUGCAUUGCGUCCAUUAUUAAAGCGCUAGCUGAUCAUGAAAUAUCGAAUCAUACCAAUCCAACGACUAUAUUUCGCGGCAAUACACUUGUUUCGAAAAUGAUGGACGAAGCUAUGAGACUAUCUGGAUUACAUUAUCUGCACCAAACACUACGACCUGUACUAGCACAAAUUCUUGCUGAUAAGAAGCCCUGUGAAAUUGAUCCUUCAAAGGUGAAUAAUAGUUCUGCUGUUAAUUCGAAUUUACAUCAUCUGCAAGAUUAUGUGGAACGUGUUUUUGAUGCUAUAACAAAAAGUGCGGUACGCUGUCCUAAGGUGCUACGACAUAUCUUUCAUGAUCUCCGUGAAUGUGCUGCAAGGCAUUUUCCACGCAAUCGCGAGGUGCGUUACUCUGUUGUUUCGGGUUUUAUAUUUUUAAGAUUUUUCGCACCGGCAAUACUUGGACCAAAACUAUUUGAUCUUACCACAGAACCAUUGGACUGUCAAACGAAUCGAACACUAACGCUGAUUUCUAAAACUAUACAAUCUCUGGGAAAUCUUGUAAGUUCACGUUCCUCUCAACAACCCUGCAAAGAGGAAUAUACCGGCGAAUUGUAUAAGAAAUUCUGCACAGAAAAGCAUGUUGAGGCUGUAAAACAAUUUUUGGAUAUUAUAUCCACACCUGGUGAUGAUGUACGCCAACAAAAUAAUAAUCUGCUGCCGUUGACAGGAGUAGAAUAUGAUGAACCAGAGCCAAUACUACUUAAAGAAGGCAUGAUGGCAAAAUAUCCACAAGGUAGAAAGCGUUUCGGUCGACGACCUUUUCAAAAAUUUAAGCUGCGCUACUUUCGGCUGACCACUAACUCGCUAAGCUAUUCGAAAUCGAAGGGCAAACAACCCAUCUGUGAUAUUCCCCUCUCGGAAAUUGAACGCGUUGAGCAAAUUAACGAGAAAAGCUUCAAGAUGCAAAACUGUUUUAAGAUUGUACGAAAAGAACGCUCACUGAUUGUGCAAACAACGAAUUGUGUCGAAGAGCAAGAAUGGAUUGAUUUGCUGCAUAAAAUUUGCCUAACAAAUUCUAUACGCCAACAAUAUUUUCAUCCUUCAGCGUUUGUAAAUGGUUUCUACAGUUGCUGUUCACGAUCAGAUGAGAAUGCAGCCGGAUGCAAAAAUGUAUCGGCCGAAGCUAUGAACUAUUUUCAGAUGGAUUUGGUGACAGCACUCGAUCCGGCACUUGAUCUUCAACGUAUACAUACAUUGAUAAUGUCGCAUAUGACACAAUUAGAGGCAUUACUCGAUCCAAUAGCUUUUAAUCAUUUACAACAACAUAAUCCACUUGUACGAACAGCAGUCACAUUGCAACAACAAUCGCCUACAGCUUUUGUGAAGUUCCGAGAAACCAUUGAGCAACUACGAAGUGUAGCGUAUAUGAUUGAUAAGGAUCAUCGAGACUAUAAACAAGGAAUAGCGCGAGAAUUGAAAUAUGGCAGUAGGCAGGCACCGAUAGGCGAUGAUAAUUAUUUAAUACUGCAACACCAGCAGCAAUAUCAGCCACAACAUCAACAACAGCAACAGCAAAUACAACAGCAGCAGCAGCAACAACAACAGCAACAACAGUCGCAUGUAUUACCACAAAUGCAACUCGUUAUGGCGCUUCCAUAUCAACAACAUGCGCAAGGCAAUAUGAAUGCAUAUUUAAUGCAUAAUUUACAACCACAACAACAGCGACAGCAGCAAUUGCAGCAUCAGCACCAGCAACAACAACAAUAUUAUUAUCAGCAACAACAACAGCAUUUAUUGCGUGCAUCAGCUACAGUUCAUAAUACGAAUGCUUCCUCAAGUAAUUCUUCCACUUCGAGCGCCGCACCAGCAUUGUAUCUGCGAGAAACUAAUGCAGAACGCUAUGCUAACAAGUGUUAAAUAAGCAAUAAAAACAACAACAUGUUGUACCUAAUAUAAAUCAUAAAACAAUAUGUAUAGGUACUUACUUUAAAUGAGAAGUUGUAGGAACUUUUAUUGUUUGAUAAA